GCGAAGAAGGCCGAGAAGGAGAAACUCAAGGCCAAGGAGAGAAAAGAGAAGGAGAUGGCGGAGUUGCGAAAGAAGAUGAUGGAGGAAAAGCAGAAGAGGGAAGAAGCGGAAGCUGCUGCUAAGGCCGACGGGGAGGAGGGCGCCGAGGGCGGGGAGAAGCCCGACGGCAGCGGGACCAAGGACGAGGAGGUGAAAGAGGAGGUCAAGGCCGAGGUCAAAGAGGAGGGCAAGGACGAGGCGAUGCCCGAGGAGGCCAAAGAAGGAGGGCCUGAUGCAGACGCCGAGAUGGAGGACGAGGAUCUAGAGCCGCCCAAGGCCGAGUUGACCGAGGAGGAGAAGAGGCUAAAGUUCAGGCCAGUCGGGGUGCCCGACCUGCUCCCCGCGGUACUUGGCUCCAACUUCGGGAGUUUUUCCAUCCCGACCAAGGACGAGGAGUUUGACGAGAUCGUUUUCGAGUGGGACAACGAGCAGAAGGCAACAGAGUAUCUGAGAACGUGGAUCAAGAACAAGAAGCGCACGAUGCGCGUGGAGGACAUCCAGCCAUCUGAGCAGUUCUUCACCAAGCUGAACGAGUGGGCGAAGCUCAAUUCGGAGUGGCAGGCGAAGCAGAAGAGCUGGAUGGUUCAGCGGGCGCAGAUUCAGGAGCCCAUCCAGAGGGAGAAGGCAAGAAAGAAGGCGGAAAGGGAGAUGAAGAAGGAGGCUCGAGCAAAAAAGAAGGCGCUCGAAGAGGAGGCUGCUCAGAAGGCGGCCGAAGAGAGUAAGGCGGGCGAAGAGAAAGAGGCCGAGAAGCCCGCGGACGAGGAGGCUACCGAGAGCAAAGAGGAGGCGAAGAAAGAGGAGAAAAAGGACGAGGUGCCUGAGGACAAAAAGGAGGAAGCGGCUCCUGAUGGCGAGAAAAAGGAUGAGGCUGCACCAGAGGAGAAGAAGGCCGAAGAAGAGGACGAAGCUUCCGAAGAGGAGGCCGAGGAGAAGGAGGAGACGCCCGUGGAUGUGGACAGCGUCGAGGACAUAUUGGACGUUCGUGAAGGCGAGCCUCUUUUCGCGAACUUCCAGAUGGAGGACUGGGCGCUGUUGUCCUUGAGAUUCGAGUCGAACAUGCUGGUCAAGUUUUUUAAGAGGGACGUGAACGACCCCGAGAGACCGGGCAUGCACGAGUCUCACCUGCCGUUCUAUUAUCAGAAGUAUUUCCGAAAGGUGCUGAAUUUGAAGAUUUUCGGCGUCAGCACCUGGGCGGAGCUUUUUUCUCUUAUUAAGGAUACCGUGACCCUCGACUCGGAGUCCAUCUUAGUGAACACGUUGACGGAGGACACCGGGGACGAGACCGCAAAGUUCGACACUCUGGUGAAGCUAACAGAGACCGCCCGGCGCCUGCGCGAGCAGAAGAUCGAGGCCGGCGACGAGACGGCCAAGCUGAAGUUCUCGCCGCUCGCCGCUGCCAUGGGCAGCAGGCAACCCGGCGAGACGCAGCACUCGUUCCAGCACCCCGGGGGGGACAUGACCAGGCCGCCGAUGGUGAACCCGCCGCCGCAGACGGUCCACCCCCCGAAAGGAGGAAAGGGUGGGCCGUACAGCGGAGGCUGGCAGUCCGGCCAAGGCAAGUGGGGCGGCGGCAAGGGCUUCGGCAAGGGGUACCGCCCCCCCGCGCGGAGCUGGGGCAGCUGGCGCUGA